CUCCUUUCCUUUCGCCGGCGAGCCGCCGUUUUCGCUGGCCAAAGACCACCGGCCUCCCCCGCCCUCGAGCCGCCUGCUGUCCUCCGUCCUGUCUGUUCCAUCGCUUCUGUCGUUCUGUCGUUCUGCGAGCCUCGGAAAGGACCGACCCGCCGGCACUCGUCCGUCUCUGACUGCCGCCCUUGCCCGACCCGCAGCAAUGCGACCGCUGAAGAGCCUGCUGCUGGGUGUGCUGCUGGCUGGAAGCCAUCUGGCCCACGCCGCCAAAACCAGCUUCAACAUCCUGAUCGAGACCCCAUCAGAAUGGACUCAGUCGGCCAAUACUGUGACUAUUCAGUACUUUGUUGAUCCCAUCGCCGCCAACAACGUCUUUUCGUCCUCCAGCUAUUACGUUGUGUACCUCAAAAAUAACAUCACCGGCAAUCCUUGGACAAAUAUUGCUCUGCCUGGCAACGCUGGCGGCGGAUUCCUUCCCGAUCCCAGCCCCUCGGUUGACAACGUUGUCUCGAUCGACACCCAGGUCGAUCCAAGCCUUGAAACCGGGUUUUGGCAGAUUGCCGUCUGCGCCUCUCCCUGCUCCUCUUCCACCAGCCGGUUCUCGUCCUCAUUUUUGGUCUCGGUGAAUCCGUCGGCGACCCGCGUCAGUGUUCGGAAUAUCGUUCGGUCGUCAACUCCAUCGUCGGCCUCUGCAACCGAUCCGGCAUCUGUGGCGCCCUCGCCAGCUUCGCCGAGCCCUUCUCCCUCUUCCUCCUCCUCGACUCCGAAUGUCAUUCGUCCAUCCGUCGUCGUUGUUGCUCCUCAAGCCCCGGUGACCAACGUCCCCACGGCCCCCUUUGCGCCGCCGGCCGAAACAGGCAGCUCUUCGAUCAGCAAUACCGGAUCACCCGGCGGAUCGACUGUCAACAGCUCCUUCAUCAUGGUCGGCGCCGCCGGCGUGAUUCUCGUCCUGGUCGUCGGCGCCGUGGUGUUGCGCCGACACUAUUCGUCCCAUGCGGCUGAAUCAAAAACCCCCGAACCCCCCAAUGCGCCGCCUUCGCAGGUCCCCCUUGCUCGCACCAUCAGCCCCACCCACUCGGAUCGCUCGUCGUGGACCGGACCAUCGCCCAGCUUCACGUCGCUGUCGCAGCCAAGAUUCACCGCCGAGGACGUUGCCGGCAAGUCGCCGACCUUGUCGAUGCUGGAGCAGCUCGUGAUCGAAGCCACUGCCUUUACAUUGACCCGCAGUGUAGACAAAUCUCUAGAACGCCCGCCGCGGCUGCAGCUGAUGAUCUCUGCGGACCUCCCCGCCGAGCUUCCUGCUUUCACCCUGAGUCCCCUGCCCCGUAUCCCAGAAUCCCCUCCCGCCAGCUUCUCCGUUCCCGAAGGCGAGGCCAGCAGCGCGUCCGAGCAGCAACAGUGAGUCGAGCCUCUGUCGACGACCGACCCCACCAGCCAGUCCUUCAUUGCAGCUCCGUGACUGCCGGCUGCUAACAAGCGCAGUCUGUCGGCCGAGGACCUUUGCCCGAGGUGUAAUUCCCUGCCGAUUCUCUGCAGCCCUUUGAUCGACCCUGCUUUGUUUGCUGCCGUCUGGCGUAUGGCCGAUAUCCCCGCCUGCUGUCUCUUCUAUUGGUCCCCUUGACUCUAUGUCCGUGCGUCCCGCUAUACUCCCCGCCCAACUCUCGUUAUCCCCGCUCCGCUCGCUCUACUCGUAUCCAGCCUUGUCAAAGUUAUUUGUUGCUUGCUUUCUGAAUAUAUUGUUUGCACAAAUGGAAGGAAA